CUGCAGCUCGACGUCACGGACGACAAACAGGUGGAAGAAGCUCGAAUUUUUGUGGAGGAGAAUCUACCAGUAAAUGGUCUGUGGGGCGUGGUGAACAACGCGGGCAUCUUCGUGUGCAGCCCCAUAGAGUGGGCGUUGCCUAAGGACGUGCAGCGCCUCUUCGACGUGAACGCCCUGGGCCCGUUGCGGGUCUCCAAGGCCUUCCUGCCGCUGCUCAGACAAACGCGCGGGCGGCUGGUGAACGUGACGAGCCUGGCGGGGCGCGCCGUCUGCGGGCCGGGCAUGGGCGUGUACGGCAUGUCCAAGUUCGCGGCCGAGGCGCUCGCCGACUACCUGCGCGUGGAGCAGCGCCGCUUCGGCGUGCACGUGGCCGUCAUCGAGCCGGG